AUGGAAGUAGGUGGUUCAAGUGCUUGUGAUGAACCAUUGGAUGAUGAUUGUGAUGAACCAUUGGAUGAUGAUUGUGAUGAACCUUUGGAUGAUGAUUGGGUGUAUGAUGUUGAACUUCUUCCUCAUGACCCGAGAUUGAGAAAAAACAUAAUGGAUUAUCCCCCAAUUGAAAGAAAUCCGGUUAGGAGAGCUUAUAUUCUUAAAAAACCUUGCCAACCAAAAACACAUGUUUUCCCUCAAAAACAAGUAGGUGGUUUAUGCCGUUUUAGUGUCAAUUGGUUCAAAAAAUGGGAUUGGCUUGAAUAUAGUGUUAAAAAAGAUGCCGCAUUUUGCUUUGCUUGUUAUUUGUUCAAGAGGGAUGUUGAAAUUUACAAUGGGGGUGAUGCAUUUGUUAAUGGAGGGUUUAAAUGGUGGAAUAAACCGGAUAGGUUUCAAAAGCAUGUUGGUGGAGUUAAAAGUGCUCAUAAUGUUGCUUAUGAGAAAUAUGUGAAUCUAAGAGAUGCAAAAAAGACAUCAAUUGAAGUUGUGUUUGAUAAUGCGAGUCAAGCUCAAAUGGAUUCAUAUCAUAUUCGUUUGAAUGCAUCCUUAACUUGUUUGAGAUUUCUUUUGGGCCAAGGUUUGGCAUUCCGGGGACAUGAUGAAAGUGAGGAAUCAAAUAGUAGGGGUAACUUUCUUGAGCUUUUGAAGUGGUUAGGGGAGAAGGUUGACGAAGUCAAACAACAUACUUUCCAAAAUGGACCCAAAAAUUGUCAAUUGACAUCUCCCAAAAUUCAAAAAGACAUUAUCAAUUGUUGUGCAAAGGAGAUUACCAAGCGCAUAAUAGAAGAGAUUGGAGAUGAACAACUAGCUCUUGUUUUGCGGUUUGUUAAAAGAGAAAGUGGAUCGGUAGUGGAACGCUUUUUAGGCAUUGUACAUGUGGGUGACACUACCGCUUUAUCUCUUAAAGAUGCAAUUAGACUUGUUAGUACUACAAAAAAUGUGUUGCAAAAGAUGAGAGAUGAAGGAUGGGAUAAUCUCUUAAAAAAAGUUAUUACAUUUUGUACUAAACACGAGAUUGAUGUUCCAUCUAUGGAUGCUCAUUAUGUGCCUCAAGGAAGAGGAAGACGUUUUGUUCAACAAGCUACAAAUCUACAUCAUUUUCGAGUUGAAAUCUUUUUGGAAGUAAUUGAUUUGCAUCUUCAAGAGCUUGAUAACCGUUUUAAUGAGAUUAACAUGGAGUUACUUACAUGCAUGGUCUCUCUAAGUCCUCAAGGUAACUUUUCAUCUUUUGAUAAAGAGAAGAUACUUAAACUUGCUUCUUUAUAUCCCGAGGAGUUUUCAUGUAAUGAUUUAACGGCUCUUGAUCUUCAACUCGAUGUGUUCUUGGAUGCUAUGUUAAACGAUGAAAGAUUUCAUGAUUUGAAAGAUAUCAAUUCUCUUUCCAUGAUGCUUGUUGAAACAAAGAGACAUGAGACAUUUCCUCUUAUACAUUUGCUAAUCAAGUUGAUGUUGAUUCUUCCUAUUACUACGGCAAGUGUAGAAAGAGUGUUUUCCGCAAUGACAUAUGUCAAAAGUAAGUUGAGAAAUAGCAUAGGUGAUCAAAUUAUGAAUGAUUGUUUGGUUACUUUUAUUGAGAAGGAAGUGUUUCUACAAUUUUACGGAGCAGUAAAACGAACCAACUUAGAAGCCCAGUUUCUUUUACAUGGACUCGAGCACUGUAAGAGUUGUCAUUCAUUUUCUGCAGCAUUACGCCACCUUAAGAUGCUUGCUAGCCGCUGUAAAUGCAGUUUGGAGCGAGAACCAUAUGAUGUUCGAGAAUCUCCAAACUGGGCAGGCUUGGCAUCGAAAUCGUGUGCUUUAAUUUGGUGGUUGGAGCAAAAUGUUCAAAAAGGAAUGUAUCUUAGUUAA